AUGGAGUUUUUCUUUGCACCUGGAGGAAUCCAUCCAUUUGACUCCGAUUGGACAAUCCUACCGAACCACCUAAAAAACUUCGAACACUCUUCCAUCACCUUAUCCUUCUUUGUCUAUGCCGUUUUUGCGUUAAUCCUUGAUCGAACACGGCCAAGACCCGCCGCUUCUGAAGGGCUAACCAUCCUAGCUUCGGCUGCUGCCUUCGCUCAGGAACUAUUUCUCUUCCAUUUUCACUCUGCCGACCACAUGGGCGUUGGGGGACAAUACCAUUUCAUCCUCCAGUUCAUUAUCUUCGUCUCUCUCCUUACCACUCUGGCACUCUCAUGGGUAUUGUUCAAACACCCUAAUAAAUGUAGUAUAGUUUAA